CUGAUUUCUAAUUUUUAGUGCCUACAUAGUUUUUAAGUUUUUUAUUAUUUAAUUCAAGAUUAACAUUUCAUUUUAAUUGAAAUCGGAACCCUGGGUGUGUGCGAGUAAUAUGGCAGACUUUUUGGAGUCGGAAGCUGAAGAAAGCGAGGUCGAUUCCGAAGAGGAGGCUAAACCAGAGCGCAAGAAACCAAAACGCAAAGCUGUUGCUGUUCAGAGUGAUGACGAGGAGGACGAAGAAGAUGAUGAGGAGAGGUUGCGUGAAGAACUGAAAGAUUUGAUUGACGAUGCGCCGAUCGAGGAGUCCGCUAGCGAUGGUGAGGACUCCGACGCCAGUCAGGGUCCUAAGAAGAGAAAGAAUAGUGAUGAUGAAUUGGAUGAUCGAUUGGAGGAUGAGGAUUACGAUCUUAUUGAAGAGAAUCUAGGUGUUAAAGUAGCCAGGAACAAGUUCAAAAGAUUGAGACGUUUGGAAGAUGAUGACAGUGAUAAUGAAGGAAAUGAUGAUCCAGACUUGGAGAGGGAGGUCAUAGCUGAGCGUCUAUUUGUUGGAGGUUCUGAUGAGGAGGAUGAGAGACCUUCAGAGUCUCAAGCCCCACGUGAAGCUGAGUAUGAUGAUGAAAAUGAAGAAUUGGAGUCAGACGCAGAUGAUUUUAUAGUUGAUGAUGAUGGUAGGCCAAUAGCGGAGAGGAAGAAAAAGAGAAAGCCUAUCUUCACAGAUGCCUCACUACAAGAAGGUCAAGACAUAUUCGGUGUGGACUUUGACUAUGAUGAGUUUGAGAAGUACGGUGAGGAGGACUAUGAAGACGAGGAAGAGGAUUUGGAUGAGUACAUUGAGGAUGAGGAGGAGGAAGGAGAGAGAAGAAGAACUAAAAAAGGCAAACCGAAAAGGCCAAGCAAGAAGUCCAUCUUUGAAAUUUAUGAGCCCAGUGAGCUCAAGAGGAGUCAUUUCACAGAUCUUGAUAAUGAGAUUCGUAAAACAGACAUCCCCGAGAGGAUGCAAAUCCGCGAGGUGCCCAUCACACCUGUGGAGGAGGGUAGCACAGAGCUGGAGGAUGAGGCGGAGUGGAUCUACAAGCAGGCCUUCCUCAAGCCACCCGUCUCCAAGGCUGACACGCAGGAGGCGAGAGAGAGAUCACGACGUGGUUCAAGCACCGUGGUGAAGAUCCGCCAAGCGUUGGACUUCAUGCGUAACCAGACAUUGGAAGUGCCAUUCAUCGCGUUCUACCGCAAGGAGUAUGUGCAGCCCGAACUCAGCAUCAACGACUUGUGGAAAGUCUACAAGUAUGAUGCUAAGUGGUGCCAACUGAAGCAACGCAAGGAGAAUCUCCUCAAGCUGAUAGAGAACAUGCGCGAGUUCCAAUUGGACAAAGUCAUGGAGAACCCCGACGCGCCCAUACCUGACAACAUGAGACUCAUCAAGGACGAGGAUAUUGAGAGACUAAAGAACGUCCAAACACCGGAGGAGCUGAGAGAUGUGCACACACAUUUCCUGCUGUACUACUCGCAUGAUCUGCCCGAGAUGCAGAAGGUGCAGCGGGCUAAGGAGAAGAAGAAGGAAUUACAAGAGAAGAAGCGUCUCGCCCGCGAGGAGGCGGAGCGCAACGGCGAGGAUCCGGAGGAGGCGGCGGCAGCCGUCGACGCCGCGGAGCCCGACGAGCCCGACACCGUCGACGUCAAGUACGCCGUGCGCUCCGGGCCGUACGAGCUGUGCCGCAAGGCCGGCCUCGAGCCGCUAGUUAGGAUGUUCGGUCUGAGCCCGGAGCAGUUCGCGGAGAACGUCCGCGACAACUACCAGCGACACGAGGUGGAGCAGCAGCCGGUGCCGCCGCUAGAGGCCGCCGCCAACUUCGGUUCCGGCGGGCCGGCGGAGGCGCUGCGUCGCGCGGUGUACAUGUGCGGCGUGCAGCUGGCGCGCGAGCCGCAGCUGCGCGCGACGCUGCGGGACGCACUGCGCGAGCGAGCCACCGUCACCGCGCGCCCCACGCAGCGUGGCCUCAAGGAGAUCGACGAGACCCAUCCGUGCUUCAGCAUGAAGUAUCUAAAGAAGAAGCCGGUGCGUGAUCUCACCGGGGACCAGUUUCUCAAGCUGACGAUAGCUGCUGAAGACCGUCUCCUCGAGAUACAGAUCAGCGAGCAGAUUGAAGGCAAUACCAGUUCCAGCUACUUGGAGGAGCUGAAGCAGCUGUAUCAAAAGGACGAGUUCGCAGCCACAGUCCAAGCGUGGAACGAGUUGCGGGCGGAGGCGGUGACGCUCGCGCUCACCAAGAUCGUGAUGCCGGAGCUGCGGCGAGAGCUGCACGCGGUGCUGUUGGCUGAGUCCAAGGAGUAUGUGCUCAAAUGCUGUCGGCGCAAGCUGUACGAUUGGCUCAAAGUGGCGCCUUACGAGUCGCGAGUGUCGGACGAUGAUGACGAAGAGUGGGAUGCCAAUAACGGUGUUCGAGUGAUCGGCAUCGCGUACGUGCCGGACCGGCAGCACUCGGCGUUCGCGUGCGCGGUGGGCGGCGGCGGCGACAUGGCGGACCACCUGCGCCUGCCGCACCUCCUCUACCGCCGCAACUCCUGGGACGCGCUCGAGCGCCGCAACAAGGAGGCCGACAUGACGGCGCUCAGGAGGUUCAUACUCCGCAUCAAGCCGCACGUGAUCGUGAUAGGCGGCGAGUCGCGGGAGGCGCUCAACAUCAAACAGGACGUGAUGGAGUGCGUGCAGCAGCUCGUGGAGGACGACCAAUUCCCGCGGAUACCCGUCGAGAUAGCUGACAACACUAUCAGCAAGAUAUACAGCAAUAGCAUACGGGGGAGGAACGACUUCCGCGAAUACCCUGAAACUUUGCGAGAGGCGAUAUGUCAGGCGCGCCUGCUGCAAGAUCCGCUCAUGGAGAUCUCCCAGCUAUGCGGUCCGGAUGAGGAGAUACUCUGUCUAAGAUACCACCCGCUACAAGACCAUUUGGCUAAGGAGGACCUACUCGAAGGCAUAGAAUUGGAGUUUGUGAAUAGAGUCAAUGAAGUUGGUGUAGACGUGAACGAAGCAGUACUGACCGGCCGCGGAACAGAGCUGCUUCAAUUUGUAUGCGGUCUAGGACCCAGAAAAGCACAGGCCCUCAUCAAACUAUUCAAACAAACCAAUCAAAAACUAGAGAACAGAACUCAACUGGUCACAGUGUGUCACAUGGGACCCAAAGUGUUUAUCAACUGCUCAGGGUUCAUAAAAAUAGAUACAAAUAGUCUAGGAGACAGUACAGAGGCGUAUGUUGAAGUGUUAGACGGUUCGAGAGUGCAUCCCGAAACAUAUGAGUGGGCACGGAAAAUGGCCGUCGAUGCGCUAGAAUAUGAGGACGAAGAUGCGAACCCCGCGGGGGCUCUAGAAGAAAUUCUAGAGGCGCCAGAGAGAUUAAAAGAUCUUGACCUCGACGCGUUCGCUGAAGAAUUGGAACGGCAGGGCUUCGGUAACAAGAGCAUAACGCUCUACGACAUCCGAGCGGAAUUGAACUCUAGGUAUAAGGACCUCAGGGUGCCUUUCAGAUCGCCGACCGCGGAGGAGAUGUUCGAUAUACUAACCAAAGAGACCCCGGAGACAUUCUAUGUAGGGAAGAUGGUUCUGGCGUCCGUGAUCGGUAUAACGCAUAGGAAACCACAGAAGGAGUUGCUAGACCAGGCCAAUCCGGUCAGAAACGACGAGACUGGACUCUGGGAGUGCCCAUUCUGUCACAAAAAUGACUUCCCUGAGUUAUCAGAGGUGUGGAACCACUUCGACGCGGGUUCGUGUCCGGGCCAGGCUACGGGGGUGCGAGUCCGGCUCGACAACGGCGUCUCCGGAUACAUACACAUCAAGAAUCUGUCCGACCGCCACGUAGCCGAUCCGACGGAGCGCGUCCGCAUCGGACAGACGAUACACUGUCGAGUUCUCAAGAUAGAUGUCGAGCGGUUCUCGGUCGAUUGCUCGUCGAAGUCGUCGGAUUUGUUAGAUAAGAAUAAUGAGUGGAGGCCCUCAAAGGAUCCGUACUACGAUCAAGAGAGCGAGGACAAGGACUUGCGUAAGGACGCCGAAGCGAAACAGACGAAGGAGAGGAUGCAGUACGUGAAGCGUGUUAUAGUGCAUCCCGCCUUCCACAACAUAUCGUUCGCCGAGGCCGAGAAACUCAUGGAGAAUAUGGCGCAGGGCGAAGUCAUCGUGAGGCCGAGCAGCAAGGGCUCGGAUCACUUGACUGUCACAUGGAAGGUAGCCGAUGGAAUUUGUCAACAUAUCGAUGUCCGGGAAGAGGGCAAAGAGAACGCGUUUUCAUUAGGUCGCAGCCUCUGGAUUCAGGGAUCCGAGUUCGAGGACUUGGACGAAAUUAUAGCGCGGCACGUGACGCCCAUGGCGGGGCACGCGCGCGACCUCAUCGCGUACAAGUACUACCGGCCGCUCGGCGGCAUGCGCGACAAGGCCGAGGAGAUCCUCAAGGACGAGAAGGCCAAAAACCCCACGAAGAUCCACUACGUCAUCUCCGCCGCCAAAAACCACCCCGGCCGCUUCUUGCUGUCCUAUCUGCCGCGCGCGCGCUGCACGCACGAGUACGUCUCCGUCACGCCCGACGGCUACAAGUUCCGCCAGCGCCUGUUCGACUCCCUGCCCGCGCUGCUCAAGUGGUUCAAGGAGCACUUCCGCGAGCCGCCGCCGCCCGGCACGCCCGCGCAGCGCACCCCCGCCCCCCGCACGCCGCUCCCCUUCGCCGCCAUGCACACGCCCGCCGCGCACACGCCCGGCCCUGCCUACAUCAACACCCCCUACACGCCUUCCGCGCAGACCCCCUACAUGACGCCCUUCGCCGCCACACCGCGCGCGCCCGACUUCCUGGCGCCGCCCGUGCCGCGCCCGCGCCCCGCCCCCCAGCCCGCCUACGCCGAGCCUGCCGACUGGCAGAAGGCGGCCGAGGACUGGGUGCGGCACCGCACCACGCACGCGCGCGACACGCCGCCCGCGUCGCGCGACCGCGCCCGCCCGUCGCGCCCCGACUCGCGCUCCACGCCGCGGCCCGACGCGCGCUCCACGCCGCGGCAGGACGCGCGCUCCACGCCGCGCCCCGACAUCCGCUCCACGCCGCGCAUGGAGCGCACGCCGCACGGGACGCCGCACGGCACGCCGCUGGGCACUCCGCAAUACGACGCGCGCUCCGGGGGCAGACAGUCGCGCGCGACGUCGGUGCGCAGCACGCCGCACACCAACACGUCGCCGCGCUCCAUGUCGCUGGGCGACGCCACGCCGCUCUACGACGAGAACUAGACAAGACUGACCGCACACCUAAGAGUUUAUUUUUGUACUGACUGCGCCGCGCCGCGCCGCUCGCGCUGCAACUCUGCACGUGAACAUAAUCGGAUCUAUACUUCGUUCGCUGUCCCGGCUUCUGUUUUAGCGACCACCACCGGCCACCAUGCCGCCCGCGGGCGCGACAGCGAUGUGAUAAUACGAGGGAGACGUUCUGCGGACAUACCGUAUCAAUUGUUUCGAUAGUAAUAAUUGAUUCCUUUUGGGUUUAUAGGUAGCGAUGUAACUCGUGAUUGUAUUUAAUUGAGCUCAUGUAAAAGUUCGUUUCGUUUAGUCUAAGUUGCCCUUCUCUUUCCUAGUUUAAGUAUUUUUUCACUGAUUGUGAUAAUCUUUUUUCAAUUUCGAAUGUGUCAAUAUUCUUUGUCGUAAAGUAUAAUUUGUUUAGGUUAAAGUGAUUAUGGUCAAAACGGACAGGACGGUGAAUCGCAAUAUGUUAUACACUGUGUAUAAAGUAUAUUAUACUCGCACGAGCUGACAUUAUUUAUUAUUUAAUAGCGAAUUCAAAAUCUAUAUUAUAAGAGUUAACAUUUUAUACAAAUAAUAUUUCUCGUCUUGCAGCAAUAAUCGUUUGCAAAAUAAACCGUUCGGACACUGCUUGAACAUUACAAUAUAUUUUUCAAAAUUAAUUAAGUAGUGGUACAAUUAUAAUGUUAACCAACGGUCAAAGAAAUAAGAGGUAAUAUAAAAAUAUAAUAAACGAAGAAAUAUGAAGUAGUAAUCCAAAUUUUAUUUCUCAUAAAAUGUUCUGAAUCAAUAACUCAUGAACUUAUGCUACUGCUGAUUUCAUUACGUUUUUAUGCAAUCGUCAAUAAAAACAAAAAAAAGUGUAAGCCAGGCGAACAUUUGAAUUACAAAUCAUGAAAUUUUCUUAUUUCUUAGACCGAAGGCAACAGCUAUAACGAAGAGCUAAGAUGUUUAACGCUUGUAAGAGAUACACUAGAUGUUUGCCUUACAGAUGGUUAGUGACAUUGGAUCGUUGAGUGCGACGGAAAUAAUAAAGAUUAUGACGGCUA